GCAACAAAUGACUGAAUGAGAGGUAUCAUGUGUAACACCGUGCUGCUGUGCUGCUGGGCUCUACAAAUGGUUCUCACCUCCGGUAUCUCCAGAGCUGAAUUGGAUUCCAACACUGUUAGCAAGGAGGCCACAUACACCGACCUUGCCUUCCUGAGCAGGGGCAAAGCCCUGCUUUCUGCCACAGGUUGUGGAGCUCCAGUCAUCGCCCCUGUUGUCACAGGCUAUACUCGAAUUGUCAAUGGUGAAGAGGCCAUUCCAGGAUCCUGGCCCUGGCAGGUUUCCUUGCAGAGUGGCACUGGAUGGCAUUUCUGCGGUGGCUCCUUGAUCAAUGAAAACUGGGUCGUCACUGCCGCGCAUUGUGGUGUGAGUACUGAAGAUUUUGUUAUUGUGGGUGCCCAUAACAAAAGCACAAAGGCAGAAGUGAACCAGAUGUCCAUGUCCAUUGCCAAGGUCAUUACGCAUCCAAAGUGGAACAGAUUCACCAUUAAUUAUGACGUAGCUGUGGUAAAGCUGGCAUCUCCUGCUCGUUUCAACAGUCAAGUAUCCCCCGUCUGCCUCGCUGCGGCAUCAGAUAACUACCCCGAUGGAAUGAUGUGCGUCACAACAGGAUGGGGAAGAAGCAAAGCUUACCCUAUUGAACGGCCUGACAGACUGCAGCAAGCGGCACUUCCUCUGCUCAGCAAUGCUAACUGCAAGCACUACUGGAAUAAUAAAAUCACGGACCUGAUGAUCUGCGCUGGUGCAGCUGGUGCUUCUUCUUGCAUGGGUGACUCUGGCGGUCCGCUCGUCUGUCAGAAGGACAAUGUCUGGAACUUGGUCGGCAUCGUUUCCUGGGGCAGCGGGUUCUGCUCUACCAAGAGUCCCGGGGUCUACGCCCGUGUGACGGAGCUCCGAAGCUGGAUCGAUGAGACCGUCGCUGCUAAUUAAAUGCAAAUCCCGAAUAUGAACCACAAAGAUAAAUAAAUGAAUAAAUUCAA